AAUUUAGUAAUAGUAUAAUAAUCCUCAACAUGUUUUUACUUACAUAAUACAUCUUUCCUCAUUCAUUCCCUUGAACUAAUCAAAACACAUAAAAUAAGAAAUGGUUAGACUAAUUCAGCACCUCUGCUUCGCUUCGCCUUCUCCUCCAUAACUAUUAGGUUAUCUCGACGAUGAAGUUCAGAUCUUUCUUCCUCUGAGCGAAAAAUCAAAUCUUUAUGUUAAAUUCCUUAAAGCGUUUCUUGACAAUUGAUCAAAGCUAAAUGGGUAACACUUGUGUUGGACCAAAUAUUUCAAAAAAUGGAUUCAUCCAAUCCGUUUCAGCUGCAAUGUGGAGAACCCCAGCUGAUUCCACCCCACCUACCCCAAACGGAGAACAAUCAAAUCACAGCAGACAAUCAGAAUCACCAUUACCUGUUCAAAACAAGCCACCUGAACAAAUCACAAUUCCAAAACCCGACAAAAAACAAGAAGAACAACAACAAGUAAAACCCAAAAAAGCCCCUCAAAUGAAAAGGGUAUCAAGUGCUGGCCUUAGAACCGAUUCAGUUCUACAAAGAAAAACCGGGAGUUUAAAGGAGUUCUUCACAUUGGGGAAGAAACUAGGACAAGGGCAAUUUGGUACAACUUUUCUUUGUAUAGAAAAAGCAACGGGUGAACAUUACGCGUGCAAAUCGAUUGCAAAAAGGAAGCUAUUGACAGAUGAAGAUGUGGAGGAUGUGAGAAGGGAGAUUCAGAUAAUGCAUCAUUUAGCAGGGCAUCCGAAUGUUAUAGCCAUUAAAGGAGCUUAUGAAGAUGCUGUUGCAGUUCAUGUUGUUAUGGAAUUAUGUGCAGGAGGUGAGCUUUUUGAUAGGAUUAUUCAAAGAGGACAUUACACUGAAAAAAAAGCAGCUGAGCUUACAAGAACGAUUGUUGGGGUUGUGGAGACUUGUCAUUCUUUAGGGGUUAUGCAUCGCGAUUUAAAGCCUGAAAAUUUCUUGCUUGUUGAUAAGAAAGAAGAUUCGCUUCUCAAAACUAUUGAUUUUGGAUUAUCGGUUUUCUUCAAACCAGGUGAAUCAUUUAAUGAUGUGGUUGGAAGCCCAUAUUAUGUUGCACCAGAAGUUUUGAGAAAACGUUAUGGCCCUGAAGCAGACGUUUGGAGUGCUGGGGUUAUUGUUUAUAUCCUAUUAAGUGGUGUACCUCCAUUUUGGGCUGAAACGGAGCAAGGAAUAUUUGAACAAGUCCUGCAAGGCGAUCUUGAUUUCUCUUCUGAUCCAUGGCCAAAUAUUUCUGAAGAUGCAAAAGAUCUUGUAAGGAGAAUGCUUAUUCGAGACCCUAAAAGACGAUUAACUGCACAUGAAGUUUUAUGUCAUCCUUGGGUUCAAGUUGAUGGCGUGGCUCCAGACAAGCCUCUCGACUCUGCAGUCCUAAGUAGAAUGAAACAAUUUUCAGCCAUGAAUAAGCUUAAGAAAAUGGCUUUGAGGGUUAUAGCUGAGAGUAUGUCUGAAGAAGAAAUAGCAGGGCUAAAACAAAUGUUUCAGAUGAUUGAUACAGACAACAGUGGUCAAAUUACUUUUGAUGAACUUAAAGCUGGAUUAAAAAGAGUUGGUGCUAACCUUAAAGAAUCAGAAAUCUAUGAUCUUAUGCAAGCAGCGGAUGUUGAUAAUAGUGGAACAAUUGAUUAUGGGGAAUUUGUAGCUGCAACUCUGCAUCUGAAUAAAAUUGAGAGAGAAGAUCAUUUGUUUGCUGCUUUUUCAUAUUUUGAUAAAGAUGGAAGUGGUUAUAUUACUGCUGAUGAGCUUCAACAUGCAUGUGAUGAAUUUGGUAUAGAUGCUAGACUUGAAGAGUUGAUUCAAGAUGUUGAUCAAGACAAUGAUGGACGCAUAGAUUACAAUGAAUUUGUGGCUAUGAUGCAAGGACACACAGGGGGCGCACCAAAGAAGAGCCUAGACAAUAGUUUCAGUAUCAAGUUCAGAGAAGCAUUUAAGCUUUGAAUAUAUCAACUUUUUUCUUGUUAUUAUUAUUAUUUUUUUUUUGUUCUUUUCCAUUAUAGGACUUUACUUUCAUUAAAUUUGUAUUUUUGGUUUUGAGUUUGAAUUUGUUGUGAAAACUGUAAUUCAGCUCUGAUUUGUAUCUUGCUACAACCGAAUGUUAUCAAGUUCUUUGUGGAUAUUAACUUAUGGGUUUCUUGUAACCCUUUGUUUUAA